AUGGCGUCGGCAGCAAUGGCGACGUCUGCGCUGCGCACGGCUCGCCGCUACCAGUCGCAGAGCAGCCGUGUGCGACCAUCCCUGCAGUGGCAGGACGGCCAAGUGGACCCGCGCUUCUCGUCGGAGGGCAACAUGCGUCGGCUAAACCCAGAGACGAUGCCGCACUUUGUAAAGGCGACCAUCCAGAAGGACCGACGCGAGAUGGGGCUGGGAGAGGUGUUCGACUGGGUGGAGUUCGCGAAAGACGCCAUCUACAUCCCUACCCGGUCCGGCCCUCUCUGGGUCGGCAGCGACGAUCCGCGCGCGUCGAAGUUUGUGCGGCGGCGUGAGAAGAUGAAGCGGCAGCCGCUGCAGCGGACGCGGCAGAAACCAGGGACGGACCAAGCCAAGGCGCUCGAGGACCAUCCCCUCCGCGAGUACUUCACGACACCGUCCAACCUGCACGACCCCAUGAGUGUCGCAACGGGCCUGCACCGUGCUGGGAUGAUCCGCGAAUAUGACAUCAAGCACACGGCAUCGAAGAUCGAAUACUUGCCACGGUCGCCGAUCGUGUCUAUCAUGGGCCACGUCGACCAUGGCAAGACGACGCUGCUGGAUCACCUGCGCCACACGAACGUGGCGGCGGGAGAGGCGGGCGGCAUCACACAGAACGUGGGCGCCUUUCAGGUGAAGACGCCAGACGGGCACAUCAUCACCUUCAUCGACACCCCCGGCCACGCCGCCUUCACGGCGAUGCGAGAGGUCGGCGCCACGACUAACGACUUGAUCGUCCUCAUCGUCUCCGCCGUGGACGGGGUGCAGCCGCAGACGCGCGAGGUCAUCGAGCUGGCGCAGCGCAAAGGCACGCCGAUGGUGGUCGCCGUAACGAAGAUUGACCGGCAGCCCGACUGCGACUACGUGAAGGACCAGCUGGCCGCGAAUGGCGUGGAUCUGGAGGAGAAGGGCGGCGACGUGCAGCUCGUCAAGAUCUGCGCCAAAGAUGGCCGCGGCAUCCCUGAGCUACUCGAGGCACUGCAUCUGCAGGCUGAACUGUGCGAGGUGGCGACGCCCACCCCGUCUCGCGCCGAGAUGUACGUUCUCGAGUCGCGCAACUUGGGCGUCAGCGAGGUGGCGGCGGUUGUGCGCUGCGGCACGGUGAAGCCCGGGCAGGUGUUUGUCACAGGCACCGUCUACGGUACGGUGAAGCGGAUCCUGGACGACCACGGCGCCACGCUCGACGAGGCGAGGCCGUCGAUGCCGGUCGUGCUGCACGGCUUUCGUGUGCCGCCAAAGCCAGGGUCGGUGAUGAUGCAGGUGAGCAGCGAGAAGCACGCCGAAAAGUUCAGCUACUUCAUGCGUGAAGUGUACACCGUCGAGGGCAACCGUGAGAACUACUUGCAGAUUCUCAACCAAGAACGACAGGGUCUCAUUCACGGCCGGAAGCCGGACAACAAUAUAGUGCGCGCAUACAGCACCCAGGCGUUCAUCCUCUCCUGUAAGGCUGCCACGUUCGGGAUGCUGCAGGCGCUGCUAAAGACGAUCUACGAGUUGCCGCGACUCGAGGGUGUUUCGCUGGACAUCCGCAUCACCGAGGUUGGUGGGCUGAAGGACUCGGACCUGAUCCUGACGGGAUCGUCCGGUCAGCCCGGCUGCGUCCUGCUCUUCGGCGACUGCAAGGACUCUUUCUCUCUAGACGUACCGGCCAACGUGCGGGUGUUGCGGUUCAACGUGUUGUACCACGGCAUCGAUGAGCUGAAGCAGGUACUCGUCGACUCCCUGCCAAAGGUGAAGAAGACGCGCAUCCUGGCGACAGCGGAGUGUCUGCAGACCUUCAAGGCUUCCCAGGCAGGUCGCACCGGUAAUGCCGGUGGCAUGAAGGUCACAAGGGGCACGCUCGACGCGGCCCAUCUUACCUUUCGCGUGUUGCGGCGACCGCAGGACUUGAAGGCAAGGCUGGCCGCGGCAGCGAGCGGCACCAAGAUGAGCCCGUUCGGCGGCGGCGCCGCAGCCGCGGCUGACGACGAGGCGCGGGAGGUUGUGUACGAGGGUCAGCUGAAGGAGCUGCGCCGUUUCAAAGAUCUUGUACCGACCGUCGAGACGGGCCUGGAGUGUGGCGUUGUGUUGCACGACGACUUCAGCUUCCGCGUCGGGGACGUGCUGGAGCAGGUUGAGGAGUACGAGGAGAACCGCGACGUCGACGAGGAGUACGAGGCAGCGGAGAGGCGCGAGAAGAUACUGCGCGAGACGGCCGAGAUGCAGACGCGCAUGGAGGAGGCGGAGCGGAAGGCCGCCGAGGAGGCCGCGGGCAGCACAGAGCUGCAUGAGAAGCUCAAGGCCGUGACCGAUUAG